AUGUCCAAUUCUGGCCACGACACCGAGGAACAGCAAAUGGAAUUCUUGAGAACAUCUCAAGUUAAAAAGGCUGAUACCAGAGGAUUUCAGCUUAAGUAUAUCCCAUUUGGCCUCGUUUCCGCAUGCUUGACAAUUUUGUUAUAUCUCACAGUUGGCGGCUGCAAUCUUCUCGCUGAUAAGAUUUACCUCGCUGUAUCAUAUGCAAUCGGAGUUGUCUGCCUUACAAUUGCCUACAGUAAUGUUGCCAAAUGGUGCCGUAUGCAAAAGAAGAUGAACGGUUCCCCACUUUUCUUCUCUCUUUUCUACAAUAAUGCUUUCUACAUUUUCUUGCUUGUCUUCUGCGCUAGUGUUCUCUUCCCAGGACUCAAGCCAGCUUACGGACUUGUCUUAACACAGAUCAUCUCCGUCGGAAUCCCAGCUUGGUUUUCCACCCUUCAAAUCUAA